AUGCAGGUUCCGCGGCAGAACCUGCCGCAUUUGCCGCAGUUCUUCUUGUCGGUAAGCAGCGAGGUGCAAGUGGCCGAGCAGCACAUGAAAUCGGUGGCGCAGUAUCGGUUGCAGCUGCCGCAAUGGUUUGGAUCCGACUUCAGGAAGGUGCAGAGACUGCAAGCAAAGAAAGGGAGGAAGAAAACAGUUAGAAGCCGGACAUUAUUGCCACCGCCGUUAGUGCUGCCACCGCUGUUGGUGUUGCCGCCCGAAGCGGAGCUGCCACCGCUGUUGGUAUUGCCGCCCGAAGCGGAGCUGCCGCCAGAGUUCGUGUCGCCGCCCGAAGCGGAGCUGCCGCCAGAAUUCGUGUUGCCGCCCGAAGCGGAGCUGCCGCCAGAGUUCGUGUUGCCGCCCGAAGCGGAGCUGCCGCCAGAGUUCGUGUUGCCGCCCGAAGCGGAGCUGCCGCCGGAGUUCGUGUUGCCGCCCGAAGCGGAGCUGCCGCCGGAGUUCGUGUUGCCGCCCGAAGCGGAGCUGCCGCCGGAGUUCGUGUUGCCGCCCGAAGCGGAGCUGCCGCCGGAGUUCGUGUUGCCGCCCGAAGCGGAGCUGCCGCCGGAGUUCGUGUUGCCGCCCGUAGCAGAGCUGCCGCCGGAGUUCGUGUUGCCGCCCGUAGCAGAGCUGCCGCCGGAGUUCGUGUUGCCGCCCGUAGCAGAGCUGCCGCCGGAGUUCGUGUUGCCACCCGUAGCAGAGCUGCCGCCGGAGUUCGUGUUGCCGCCCGUGGCAGAGCUGCCGCCGGAGUUCGUGUUGCCGCUUGACUUCGUGUUGCCGCCCGUAGCCGCGCUGCCGCCGGAGUUCGUGUUGCCGCCAGUAGUGGAGCUACCGCCGCCGCUGGCCGUGCUGCCUCCGGAAGCGGUGGUGCCGCCGCCGCCCGUGGCGGUGGUGCCGGUGGUCCUCGUACUGCCGGCGGAAGUGGUGCUGCUACCGCUACUGCCACCAGCAGCAAGAAUCCUCAUCCGCCGUAGGCGUGCAUUACCGCGUGACGAUCGGACAGCGAAUCGCUGCACAAUGACGGGAGGGAACAGAAGAAAGGAAGGGCGAGAGAAGGAGGCGAGAGAAGUCAGCUCGGAGCGAGGAAAAGGGUAA